AUCAUCGUGCAAAAUUUGCCUUGGAGUGUAACCGCACCUUAUGUUUGUUUUUGUUGAUGUCACAUGACAUCUGCGGCAUAUGAAAUCCCUAUGGUUGAAACAGGUUUCCAAAAUAGUUAGGAAGGUUGCAUGCAAGAGUUGAGGGAUGGAUGACCCCGAAAUGCUCAGUGAGAAGAUGACAGUUGCUGGGAGUAUUGUGUACUUGACUGAUGAUGCAGAACCAGAUGUAAUGAAGAAAGAAAGAGACGAAAACGAACCAAUGCUUAAAGUGGAAGACAGAAGAAAAAGUGAUCCUGGAAUUCUACCAUCACCAAUGGCUCAUGCUUCAUUCUUCUCCAAAUAUAUUACAAUGUGGUGGUUGAACAGCCUCCUCAUAAAGGGAUCAAAGCAACCCCUUGUAGCAGAGGAUCUAUAUGCCAUUUUGGAUGGAGAACAAACUGAGACAGUCACAGAUGCUUUAGAAAGUGAAUGGGAAAAGGAAAUGUCUGAAGCUGAACAGCAAGGAAAAGAUCCCAGCUUUCUGUCAGCAUUAAGGAGAACCUUUGGUGUUGGCUAUUCUUUGUUAGGUCUUGUAGCACUUGUGCGUGACAUUCUCAAAAUAGCGGGACCUAUCUUCUUGGGCCAACUUGUACGUUAUUUUGUGGAUGAUUCUCCCAUCUCAACAAGAGAUGCUUACCUUUAUGCUAUUGGUUUAAGCUUGUGCUCUCUUACGUCAAGUUUGUUCAAUGCGCCUUUCACCUUUAUGUCUCAAGUUUACGGCAUGAGGAUAAGAGUGGCAUGCACUGGUCUUGUAUAUAGAAAGUCUCUUAAACUUAGCAUUGCUGCCCUUCAUGGUACAACUACAGGCAACAUUGUAAACCUGAUAUCCAGUGAUACUCAGAAGUUUGAUUGGACAGCACCUAAUCUGCAUUAUUUAAUUAUUGGUCCAGUAAUAGCUGUUAUUGUCUUGGUGGUGCUUUGGUUACAAAUCGGUCCAUCAGCACUGGCUGGGAUGGGGUUGAUCUUGCUGUUAGCUACCAUGCAGUUUAAAAUGGGAAACACUCUCUUGUCAUUCAGAACAAAAGCAAUACACUGGAUGGAUGAACGAGUGAAAGUUAUGAAUGAAAUUAUUGCUGGGAUGCGUGUCAUUAAAAUGUACACAUGGGAAGACUCAUUUUCAAAUUGGGUGAGACAAAUACGAAAAAGUGAACUUAAGUGGUUUCUGAAGUUGAGUUUCAUUCAAGGAGUCUUCCAGUCAUUUUUCUUUAGCUCAUCAGUUGUCAUCAGCUUUGUGACAUUUAUGGCAUAUGUCCUGACCGGAGAAGUAUUAAAGGCACAAAUAGUAUUUACCUGCAUAUCUCUGUUCAACAUCAUGCGAGUUGUAAUGGCCCUGCAGUUUCCAAUAGCAAUCACUCUGUUGAAUGAAUGCAGAGUGUCAGUGAAAAGGAUGGAGGAUAUUCUUGUUAUGGAUGAGAUGCAAUCAGAAGGUCUUGUAACCUCAAAAUUGAGGCCUAAACUGGAAGACUGCUAUGUUGAUGCCAAAAAUAUCAAAGCUCUUUGGAAUAAGAACUUACAAUCUCCAACUUUAGACAACGUUACCUUCAAAGUGUCAAGUGGUGAGCUGCUGGGAGUGAUUGGUGCUGUUGGAUCUGGCAAGUCCUCCCUGCUGAUGGUGAUACUGGGUGAACUUCCCUUGACGGAGGGCUCUGUAACAGUCAAAGGAAAAGUUGGCUACUCUUCACAACAGGCUUGGGUGUAUAAUGGCUCACUACGGCAGAACAUACUCUUUGGGCAGAGCUAUGACGAGGACAAAUUUAAAGAAGUCACUAAAGCCUGUGCCUUGGAUAAGGAUAUUGAAUUGCUCCCAGAUGGUGACAUGACAUUAGUAGGGGAACGGGGAGUGUCUCUGAGUGGAGGUCAAAGGGCAAGGGUCAACUUGGCAAGAACUGUGUAUGCCGACGCAGACAUUUAUUUGAUGGAUGAUCCAUUGAGUGCUGUAGAUGCUGACGUCGGCCGACACUUAUUUGAAAAGUGUAUCUGUGGAUAUUUGGCAAAGAAGCCACGCAUCUUAGUAACUCACCAGCUGCAGCACAUUGGAGAAGCAGAUCAUAUCAUCGUUUUAGAUAAGGGAAAAGUAGUCAAUAGAGGACCCUACAAAGAACUCUCUCUAUGUAAAGGAAGUACAAACAUCAUGGAAUGUUUGAUGAAUCCAGAAGCAGAGGCAGGUCGUGAAGUAGAAGCAAAAGAUGCUGAAAGGCUGAUGGUUGCUAGGCAGUUAAGUCGACAGGAAAGCUUCCCAUGCCAUCGCCUGAGUAAAAUUGCUGACAGUACUUUUUCCAUUGUGUCUGGUGCCACAACAUUUUCUGCUUACGACGACAAUCUACUUCCUAGAGAAGAGAAACAAGAAGGAGCUGUCAGUGCCAAGACGUAUCUGGCAUAUUUCCGUACUUUACAUAAUCUAGGAACUGCAUUUGUUGCUGUUUUCUUACUUGCUCUCUGUCAGGUAAUGUCAAUGUUGGCGGACUGGUGGUUGUCCUAUUGGUCUAAUACGGAGGAAUCAUACUUCGUCGCUACAAUGCUUCAGAGUAGCAACUCCACGGCGACUGCUGUAUCAAAACCCGACCGGAGCUUGCUGUUAGGGAUUUAUGGUGUUUUGGUAAUAGGACUGUUUUUGUUGUGUCUUUUCUCCACUGAGCUGUUCUACACACUGACAGUAGUUGCCUCCAGGAACUUGUACGACAAAAUGUUCAAUAGUCUUCUAAGAGCACCCAUGUACUUCUUUGACAACAAUUCCAUAGGGCGAAUCUUAAACAGAUUUGCGAAGGACAUUGGUAUGAUAGACGACAUGAUGCCUAUGAUCUUAUGUGAUGUUUUGCAGACCGGUUUAAUGUGCCUUGGCAUUUUAGGACUGGUAGCUGUCAGUAAUCCAGCGACAUUUGUCAUAAUCAUACCUGUGACCAUUGGUUUUGUUUAUUUGAGGAAUUAUUUCAUGAAGUCAUCUCGAGAAAUCAAGCGUAUUGAAGGAAUAAGUCGUAGUCCACUAUUUGGUCAUUUCUCCACAACCCUUCUCGGUCUGGACACUAUACGUGCCUACGAAGUGGAGGAGACUUUUACAGAACAAUUGAAUGGUUAUCAAGAUGCUCACUCAAGAGCGUGGUUUAAUUACUUGGCGGGUCAAACGUGGUUGAACUUUAGACUGGAGAUGCUUACUGUUCUGUUUCUAGCCUUUGUUGCUUUCGUGUCUGCAGCUUUAAAAGGAACUGCGGAUCUCAGUGCUGGUGUUGUGGGUCUGACCCUGACAUAUUCUAUCAUGUUAACCUCUGUCUUCCAACCAUUCAUCGACGAGAGUGCUGAACUUGAAAAUCUAAUGACCUCUGUAGAACGAAUCGUGGAAUACAUAGACCUUGAAGCUGAAGCUCCAGCCGAAACUGACACCAAACCUAAAGAUGAUUGGCCAUCCCGUGGACAGAUUGACUUUGAUAAUAUGUCUUUCAAGUAUCACCGGAGCUUACCAGAUGUGCUUCAUCACAUCACGUGCACCAUCAAACCCAGCGAAAAGAUUGGUGUGGUGGGUCGAACUGGUGCUGGAAAGUCAUCUCUUAUCUCUACACUCUUCCGCUUGUCAGAACCCCGAGGAAAAAUUGAAAUCGACGGUGUCAAUAUCCAGGAACUUGGACUGAAAGACUUAAGAAGCAAAUUAUCCAUCAUUCCACAGGAACCGGUGUUGUUUAGUGGUCCUAUGAGAAGAAAUUUGGAUCCAUUUGGAGAGCAUCAAGACACUGAAUUGUGGAACGUGUUAGAGGAGGUCCAGUUAAAGAAAGCUGUUGAGGAGUUGCCAAACAAACUGGAUGAAGAGCUGGCAGAAUCAGGCUCAAAUUUCAGUGUUGGUCAGCGGCAGCUUGUGUGCCUGGCACGUGCAAUUUUAAGGCAUAGCCGUAUUUUGGUAAUUGACGAAGCCACUGCUAAUGUCGAUCAGAGGACAGAUUCUCUGAUCCAGGCCACCAUCCGUGAGAAAUUUAAGCAUUGCACGGUGUUGACGAUAGCUCAUCGUCUCAAUACCAUUAUAGACUCCGACAAAGUACUGGUGUUAGAUGCUGGUCGCCUCAAAGAGUUCGAGGCGCCUUACAUUCUUCUAAAAAAUCCUCGUGGUAUGUUUUUUCAACUUGUGGAACAAACAGGUCCCGUCGAAGCAAGGAGAUUGUAUGAGAUCGCAAGGGAUAAAUAUCACCAAAAACGACCAGUCAUACUAGAAACUGAUAGCACGCAUGACAAUGAAUCACAGAAAGGUGAUGACAGUGAAUGCGCGGCGCCCCAGUCGCAGUGUGAUGACGAUAAGUCACAAAAACCAAACCUGCUGCCUGCCGGUGAGGUUGAACAAGAGCCGGACUCUGAACAUUCACAACUGUCACAAUUACACGUUAAAAUUUAGAAAAAGAGAAAGUGAUUCCCCUCUUCCAGAACCGGGACGCAUGUCAAGUUGAGGUUUAGAUUACUAGGUAGAGUUUCAUAUUUUCAAAGAUGUUACAGGAAAUUGAUUGAUUUUUCGUAUCUUUAGGAGCAUAUUUAUUGACUACUUUUUCUAUAUUUUAGCGUUCUCAAUUCAUUCCAUUUUCUUUCAUUGCGAUGUUUUAAAAAGGGAAAAAGCUACAGUAGUUUUUCUAGAAGUCAUCUAAUUUAAUUGCCUUCACUGUGCACCUGUAUGUCAGUACUUUUGUUGACCUUUACUAUUGAACUACGCUCUACCGUAAUUAAUGUAAGUAUUUUUCAUAUGACUUAAGUUUACUCUUCUUAAUGUCCAAGAGUCUACUGUAUCCGCUUUCUUUGAAACAGGUGGAAUAUUUAAGUAGGAAUCACUUAAUUUCAAAGAGACAUUUUCCGCUCCUUUUGUGAUACUAUUUAAAUAUUUAACUUUAGAGAACAAUAGAACCAGGUAGAUAGUACUUAAGCUAGGACAUUGUAAGCUAUUUUGAUUACAUUCAAUUACAUUCUGCGAUUACACUUUUGAGUACACCACUGUUCAUGUCGCUUUAAAGCAUGAACUCAAAAAAAUUUACUGUGGAACCAAACGCUGUCUAAUCAUUGACGUCCGUACAAGUUCUCUCGAAGGAGAUCUCUGUGUACCAGGGGAUCAUGACGAGUUUCCGUUCCCGCUGCCAAGUUGUUACUACCGAGCUAUUUCUCCCGAGCUAUUUCUCCCGUAGUUGUUCCGUUCCCUGCAAGAGUCCACUUGUAGGCGAAAAACGUAUCGUCACAAAGGACAACUUGAAGAAACUAGUUUGUAAACAAAUAUGUAGAUGAGUUCAUUUCUUAGAGGACCUGUUACAGCUGAAAUUAUGGUCCAUUUUAACAAUGAUGCAAAGAUAUUAAACUCUCCAAAUGUUUCAAAACUCA